AGAUUCUUAUUCUGCAACUAAAGGACUAUAAAAACAGCUGUAUUCCUUUGAAUUACCGCUCAUAGUCAAGAUUUUAUUUUAAAAUAAAGCGGGUCACUUCAUGCUCACUCCUAUAUUGAACGCAGUUUUUGGGCUUUCUCCUCCCUUGGACAGUGAGCACUGUCGUUGUAUACCACUAUCACUAUAGACUUCUUAUUGGCUUAAUUUUUUUACCAAAGCUGGCAUCCCUGCCGGUGAUUCUGCUCAUUAUGCAGUGAUGUUUACAGAUAAUCGCAUCACACGAGAAAUGCUUUUAGAUCUAAGCAAAGAGUAUUUGACAGACAUGGGAAUAACAAGGCUAGGAGAUGUUAUUGCUAUUCUAAAACAUGCCAAGGAUGUAUAUAAACAGGAAGCCAAAGAUAAAUUAUUGAUGCCAUCCUUUACUUCCCUUUCAUCCCCAAGUUCCUUAUCACUUACCCCAAUGUCACGAAGGUCAACAGCUGCAAGUCGUAUGGUGAAUCAUUUUACAAGUAAACAUCCAGAAGCAGCACCAAUGAGCCAAUCACCGUCACCAAAGCCUCCACCACCAGAACCCUCAAAGACGAAAAGAAAAGUUUCUGUUUUUGAAAGACUUGGGACAGAUAACAAUGAUGAAACAGUGACAAUAACUUCAGGAAAGAAACUAGCUGCUACACAAAGUCUAUCACCAGGAUCAGUAUUUAGUCGUCUGGGUGGAAAGUCGGGCUUAAAGAGAACAGCAUCUGCUGCAUCCUUGGAAGACUUGGCUCAGCCUUCAGAUGCCCGUGAGGAGAGCUUGCCAUAUGCAGGCGUGUUGAAGAAUCCUGGAGCAUCUUCUGUAAAGAAACCCAAUGUUAAAGUUUCUCUGAACAGAUCCAGUCUUAGAGAACCAUUGAAAAUUAAGAAAACUAUUAAGACAACAGAAGAUAGAAAAACUGCCUAUAUUCAAAGACCAGAGGUUUCCACAACUACAGAAGGAGUGCUAUCAGAUUUUGCCAAAAAAGAAGCUCCAUCCCUAAAGGAAAGACUUGGCUCCAAAGCUGACUCCUCUACAGUGACUAGCAGCUCACGUUUAGCAUCCCCUGCCAAGAAACACAAAUUAACUGUCCAAGAUCGGUUAGGUGUCAAAAGAGAAGAGCUGCAGUCUUCUCCAGUUGUCUCGUCCACACAGAAUGUCCCAACUAAAGUAAAGAAACUCAAAGCAGCAACACAAGCAACUCCUUCUGUCUUAACUGUCAAGUCCAGUGGCGUUUUCAGUCGCCUUGGUAAAAAGUCACAAACGUGAUUCACAAACAGUUGUGUUGGAUUAUACUUUGCUUAGCAAAACUAAAGACAAUAUCUUACUUUGAGGACAAGAUAUGGCCAUGUUAAGCCACUAACUGCUUCAACUUGACCUUAGUAUAUCAAUAAACUUUGGUAGCCUACUCACAUGAAUUCAUGAAAAGACAAGAAAAUGCACAGGAUGGUAGUUUAAACUGUACUCUAACUAAAUGGGAUGAUAAAGUUUACACAUAAACAGAAUGGGACUUUGUUAAAAUCUAUUUUAAAAAAAAACACUAUACUUUGUGCAGAUUGAUUUGAGCUAAUUCAAUAGUUCUGGUCAUAGAUUAUGGAAGCGGUUACCAAAUUUGACAUGCUCCAAUAUGGCCAACUUAAUAGCCUUAAUUUGCAAUCUGCCCUGCAUUAUUCAUUUAUGCAACAUUCUAAUUACUUAAUUUCAGUAUCAAAUAUAAAAAUUUUGCAUUAGAAACAUUUAUCUUGAGAUAAUAAUAAAAAAGCUUGUUAAAAAGUGUGGUAACUUAUUGUAAUUUAUUGAAACAUGUUCAUUCAUGUCAUAAAUAAAGAAAAUGUUGCUACUCGCCCCCACCCCCUUUUUUUUUUCUUUGUAUCUAUUGGACCAUGAGACUAAAUGUUAGAACAAUCUUUGUUUUCAAGAUGUUUAUUAUGUGGUAUAAUGUUAGAAUAAAAUUUAUUUUCAAGA